AUGCUCCUCGGUGUCGGCAGCGCAGCUCGCCGUCAUGCCACGAGUGAGCUUCAUCGGUACCACAUUGCGACCUUAGCUUGGUCGCGUCCAUUCACUUCUUCGACUUUUCGAUUCAACGAACCAAAGCUCCCAUACCUACUACCGCAUUCCUUCAUCCCACGAGCGCAUCCGAACCCCGCCGCAAAAGAUAUCGCUGUAUUGGGAGGGGGUGUAACUGGCCUCACAGCCGCUUACGAACUCUCAAGAUGCAUACCGGACGCGAACAUCACCCUCUACGAGAAAAGUGACAGGCUUGGUGGCUGGAUUGACACGGAGAUCGUGCAAGUAGAUGGCGGCGAGAUUCUCUUCGAAUGGGGUCCUAGGACACUGCGCCCUUCAAUUCAAGGAGCCGGAUGGGCCACACUACACCUCCUGGGAAGCUUCCUCGAAGAUCGACGCACCGAUUGCUCACUGCUUGCUUUCUCGAAACGCUCGAAUUUAGCCCGCAAUCGGUUUGUCUACUACCCAGAUCACCUUGUUCGCAUGCCGAGUGGAUCUGGAAGUUUUAUCUCCGAUACCUACGACCUCGUACGCUCCCUAUGGUCAGAACCUAUCUUCCAAGGUGUCCCUAACGGGAUCCUGGCGGAGCCUUUUCAACGUACACGAUCAAGACAAGCACGAGAUGAGUCUGUCGGUGACUUUCUCUCCAGAAGGUUUGGGCGGGAAGUUGCAGAUAACCUGGCGUCUGCUGUGAUGCACGGUAUAUAUGCCGGAGACAUCUACAAGCUCAGUGCCAGAACUUUACUACCAUCGCUAUGGUACCUUGAGAUGCGAGACUCGGACAUUCGAGGGCACGAGACCGGCCAGGGCAUAUUGGCAGAGGUGGCUGAGAUGUUCUUCCGCGGAAACCAGCUCCUGACCUACGAGGAUACCAAAUUUCGCAAUGUGAACCCAAUAGGCCCCGCCAAUCGGACUGAAAUCUCACCGGUGCUGGCCGCAUUCCAAGAAAGCAGUGUCAUUACGUGGUCCGAGGGCAUGAGUUACAUCACUCGAAAACUGAGAGCUGGCCUGGAGAGAGCGCCCCGAGUCACGAUCAAGACCAACGCUCCUGUUGACUGGCUGUACCACGACAAGGAUACACAGAAGGUGAUGGUCAAAGAUCCGUCUGAAAAGAACCCUCAACCUUACGAUUACGUUAUCUCCACAUUAGCACCACGGACGAUGAGAUCAAUCAUUCGCUCAUCACCCGAGAUUGGCCGCAAAUGUGAGACUUUCAGUUCUGUGGACAAGAGCGUGUCUGUGAUGGUUGUCAACCUCUGGUACAGGUCACAGGUGCUUGCUCCUGAACACGAGGGCUUUGGAUAUCUCAUACCUCGAUCGGUCCCUCUUGAGCAAAAUCCUGAACGAGCACUUGGGGUUAUAUUUGCUCAUAAUCUCACUUCCAGUUAUGACGUGGCUGAAGAAACAGUGGAAGACGUGGAGAAACGUAUGCAAGAGAUUGAGGACCACGGGGCCAAAGAGAGGGAACAUUAUGCUAAUGAGGCAAGAAAAUUAGAUGAGCGGUUGGAGAAGGCGACUGACGAUGCUGAACGAUCCGAGAUCGAAAUGAUGCGGUCGGCCUUCGAGACGUAUCGACAAGACAUGGAAAUCGAUUUCAAGAAAAAUGAUGAGGCUGUGGCGCUUUGGCGUAAGGACAAGGCCAAUCAACCGCCGGUAUCGAAGGUCAAACUCGGGCAAGACACUGUUCCAGGCUCAAAAUUCGGUGUGAUGUUAGGAGGGCAUUGGUGGGAUGGAUGGGAAGACGGUGACUAUCCUUCGGAACAAGAAGCGAUCGAUAUGGCGAAAAGUGUCUUACGGCGCCACCUGAAAAUCGAAGAAGAGCCAGAGGUUGCCAAAGCUAGGCUACAGAAGGACUGUAUCCCACAAUAUCCUGUGGGAUACCGAGAUUAUAUGGCCAAGAUUCACCAGGAGGUGCUCAUACCAGGCUUCGAGGGUAGGCUGAAAGUGGCUGGUCCCUGGUAUCAAGGCGCAGUGGGAGUCAACGACUGUGUCCGGAAGGCCAAGCAAGUUGUUAUGGAUAUCAGAGAGGGAUGGGAUCAGAACACAGGUCUGGAGCAGUACACCGAGGAUGAGAAGUGGUUGUUGAAGAACAGAUCCUCGGGGUUUGUCGAUGUCGACGAUGGGUCGGAAUAG